AUGACGAGGCGGCGAGAUUUGUUGGGCGGCGUAAACCGGACGGUCGUUUCGAGGCUCAAAUCCCCCGGCUUCAGCCUUGAAGAGCCAAAAGAACCAGAUCUUCCGCCGCCCCGUCAACCCUCUCGCAAUGAUGGCUGCGACAUCCUUCGCUCCAAACCUCAGCUAAGGUACCAAGACGCGCCACCAGCCUCGACCCGUCAGCAUCAUCACGCCUGCCUCCAGGGACGCUCUGGCCAGCCCACAGCUCUAGAUCUUACGACUCCUUCUCCCGGCUACGACAAUCCGCAAGGCGGAGCCUUUUAUGCGACCAUCUUUCUCCCCCUGGCGCCAAUUUGUCCGCCAGUUCCGUCGAAACUCGCUCGACGCCAGCGCCUCCCGGCCUUUGACUUGACCGGUUUCACUGCCCCAAUUCCGCACGAAGUUCAUUCCCCUGGCCUCACGCUGGACGCACAGACCGACUCGUCGAUCUUGAUCAGAAACCUCGGCGGAGGCCAGCAGAUCACCACCAAGGACAACCGCAAGCACCCUAGGUCAUUCCAGCUGCUUGAGAAGCUCGGCGAAGGCACCUAUGCAACACCCAGGUCUUCAAAGAUCGCAACCACUAGACUGGCGAGUUCGUCGCGCUCAAGGAGAAACUCUGACGAGAACGCCGCAUCUACGGCGCGGGAGCAUGCUGGAUGCAUCUCAGCCAGCGUGGAGUCUCGCGGGGGGAGGGGUGGCGGGGAGGUGGAGCUGAGCGGGCUCUCAAGGGGUGCCUCCGUCACGCCGCUGUGGGCGACUGAUACGGAGGCGAUGAUAGUGAGGGAUGUGAUCGUGGGAAAGUUUCGUUUACUAGCAUUCAGCAUUCAGCAUCCAGUAGCAAUUCAUGGCCACCAUAGGGUUCACGCAGGCGGGGGGCAAUAUGCAGAGGUUGUGGGCAUUCCCGGCAGCCGCAAUGAACCCACAUGCGACAGCAAUUUAGCCCCGGGCAGCGAGUCUCGGAUAAAUUGUACAUUCACAGAACCAGUAAUACUCAAGCAAACAGCCAUCAUCCACAAGCUGAACGCGUUGUUAGGAGGUAUAGCGUGGGGUAGAAGCGUCGUGAGGACUCUGCAGCCUCAUCAAAACACCAAGGUCACAGCGAGUCAAGCAAGCAAGGCACAACAUCACAGCGUCACGGAGAGUCAAGCAAGCAAAGCCCAACAUCACAGCAUCACAGAAAAUCAAGCAAGCAGAGAGAAAGAGCAGCUUCUUCUUUGA